AUGAUUUUUGAUCCACAAGAGUUGGAAUCACUUGAAGAAGAUGAUGACAUGGAAGAUGAACACUUUGAAGAUGAUGAAUAUGUGACAAUUUUAUUUCCUGAUAAAUUUGUUAUCAUAUGGGGCAUCGACUCUUGCACAUUCGCCCACCACUUGGCCACCUCCGGCUUGCUUUCCUUUGGCCAUUUUUCUCCCGUCUCCUGGGUUACCUUCCAAGGCGCCUAUGACUUCGCCUUCCUAGUCAAGAUGUUCACAUGCGACUGCAAAUUACCAAAGACCAUUCAUGAGUUCUUGCACCUCGUUCACUUCUUUUUCGGCAAAAGGGUGUUCGAUGUGAAGCACCUUUGCAAGCAUUGUCCUGGGCUUUACGGAGGAUUGGAGCGGGUGGCCUCUACCGUCCGAGUUGAGCGAGCAGUGGGCUCUCGACAUCAGUCCGGCUCUGAUAGCUUAUUAACAUGGCAGGUAUUCUACCAAAUCGCCUUUCGUGUGAAUCCACAACUCAUCCAUCGUCCAGAACACAUGGGAACACUCUUUGACCUCCAACUGCAAUAG